AUGCCUUCCACAAAGGUCUUUGCGGCCGUCCUAGCUGCUCUGACCAUGCCCAUGGUCAACGCCGGACCGUGUAAGCCCGUCAAGCCCGUCAACACCAGCGGCUCAACCGAUGCCAUCAUCACAACCACAGGCCUCACAACUGGCGGAACUGAAGCUGCCACCGGAACCACCGAUAUUGUCGCUACUACCACCGCCGCCGCUGCCUGCACUCACUUCACUCCUCUCGCGCGCCAGCCCGCCGACUGUGGUAAGAAGGGAUAUGCCAGCACCAGCGAAGGCAAGACCAUCGGCCUCCCCAUUACUGCCGAUUCCUACGCCGACUGUGGUAACAAGUGUGGUAUGACCGUCGACUGCAAGUCAUUCUCUCACAUUGCAACUACUUGCAACCUGUUCACGGUUCCUGUCUCCGAGCUUGGCUUUAUUGCGAGUCAGCAGAGCAUGACUGCUCUUUUCUACGAUCUCGAGAACUGCUUCGGCUGUGGUGAUGAGCCCGGUGCUACCUCUGUUACUUCUGCUGCUGAGACUGCCACCGGCUCCGAGACCUCUGCCACUGGUUACGAGACCCCGGUUACUGGAUCUGCCACUUCUGGUACCGGUUCUGAGACCGCUACCUCAGCCGCCAGCACAGCUACUUCUGGUGUUGAGACUGCUACCUCAGGGGCUGGAACCGCUACAUCUGGCGCCGAGACUGCCACCUCCGGUACCGAGACUGCUACGUCUGGUGUCGAGACUGGUACUGGCUCUGAGACUGCCACCUCGGCCGUCAACACAGCUACAUCCGGCGCCGAGACUGCCACCUCUGGUACUGAGACCGCUGCUACAGGCUCUCCUACUGAGACCUCAGCCACUUCAGAAGCUCAGGUUGACACCACAACUGCCACCGCCGCUGGCACGACCGACACAGCCGUCACAACAACUGCUGCUGCCACCACCACCGACGCUGCUUGCACCGCCUAUACUCUUGUCCCCAACGCCCCCGCUGCCAACUGCGCCAAGAAGGGUAAGGCCGUUGCCCCUCAGGUCAUCCAGACCGAGACCGUCGAGGACCUCGAUGCUUGCUCUCUCAAGUGCGGCAACUACAUCAACGAUCUAUUCACAUCCGUGGUCUGCAGGUCCUUCUCCUUCAAGGCUAGCACCAACGCUUGCACUCUCUACACGGCCAAGAUUAGCGACAUGAACGUCGUCUCUUGCUCUGUCGCUGAUGAGGAGGACUUCUAUGACUUUGAUGUCUGCUACUCUUGCCAGGAGGGUGGUGCUUCUACCACUGAGGCUGCCACCACUACUGCUCAGUCUGCUGCCACCACUGAGACUGCUGGCACUACCACCGAGGAGUCUAUCUCUGGUUCUGCUACCACCGUUGAGACUGGCGCUGCUACCACUGAGACCGGUACCGACACCACUGAGACCAUUUCUGGUUCUGCUACUACUACCGCGGCUGUCUCUGAGUCUGCCUCCGACUCUGCUACUACCACUGCUGCUGGAACUACCACUGCCGCUGAGUCUGUUGGAACUACCACCGCUGCUGAGUCCGCUGCCACCACCACUUCCGUCGAUGCUGGUAUCUCGACCUCUGCUGCUGACACCACCACCGCUGCCGAGUCCGUUGGAACCACUACUGCUGCCGAGUCCGUUAGAACUACUACUACCGCUGCUGAGUCUGUUGGAACCACUACAACCGCCGAGGCUGCUGGUACUACCACAACGGCUGAGUCUGUUUCUGAGGCUGUGACCACCACUUCCGUUGAUGCUGGUGUCUCUACUUCUGCUGCUGACACCACCACCGCUGCCGAGUCCGUUGGAACCACUACUGCUGCCGAGUCCGUUGGAACCACUACCACCGCUGCUGAGUCCGUUGGAACUACUACAACCGCCGAGGCUGCUGGUACUACUACAACUGAUGCUGGUGUCUCUACCACUGCUGCCGAGACCACCACCGCUCAGUCUACCAGCGAGGGUGUCACAACCACCACUGAGGGUAUCACUACUACCACAGAGGCUGCUACUACCACCGCUGAGCCCACCACCACCACUGCCGCCCCCGUCUGCACGAACUACAUCAUCAAGCCCAACGCUCCCAGCAGCUGUGGCAAGCAGGGCAAGGUCAGCUGCCGCUCUAACCAGAAGCUCGGCCAGCCUAGCACAUCCGAGUCCUCCGCUGCUUGUGGCAAGACUUGUGGAAACACAGACGGUUGCAAGGCCUUCUCCUGGACCUACAAGCUGCGUUCCCAGAGCACAUGCCAGCUCUACAGCGCUCCCCUCAGCGAGCUCAGCUUCACCCCCUGCAACACUGGCACCAAGUUCUACGACCUCGACAUCUGCUUCACCUGCUCCAACACUCCUACAACCAACCCUCCUACUCCUAAUCCUCCUACUACCAACCCUCCUGCCACCUGCUCCAAGUAUGUCCCUACAUUCGAGACCUGCAGCAAGGACACCCACUGCGGAACUCGCGGUGAGAUCUGCAACGAGACUCGCAUCUACACUACCGUCGACAGCUCGUGCCUGGAGAACUGUGCCAAGAGCUGUAUCCAGUACGGCGCUGACUGCAAGUACUUCAGCUACAAGGCCGCUGACAUGUUCGGCGCAGCCAAGUGUAAGCUGUACAAGGCCGGCAAGAUCACCUACAAGAGCUACUCCUCCACCAAGUUCUAUGAGCAGAAGUGCUUCAAGUGCAAGGACACUCUUACCGUCAAGAAGGCUACUUAA